CCACUGGACCCAGGGUGGGGCAAGGGGAGGAGAGAUGUGGCCCAGGACUCACAGUCCGCACAGUAGAGGAAGCCCCUCGCAGCCCCCUCGGCUCUGUGCGCCCUCCACUCCGCAGUGCGUCCUUCCUUUCCACGUUUGCUUUCUCUCCGGCUGAAGUAAACCUUGACUGCUGCAGCUCCCUGCUGCUCUCUCUGGACAGUUAAGAAGCAGUCUGUGCUGUGACUUGACAGCCCUUAAGUUAUGGAACCUGGGUCCUGCGUGCUCUUUGUCCUGAUUCUGUGACAUUUGAGGAUGUUGCCAUGAACUUCACUCAGGAAGAGUGGGCUUUGCUGGAUCCUUCUCAGAAGACUCUCUACAUUGAUGUGAUGCUGGAAACCUGCAGGAACCUCACUUUUAUAGGAAACAAUUGUGAAGAUGAGGAUGUUAAAGACCAUUGUAAACAUUCUGGAAAAAAUCUAAGAAGUUUCAUGUUCGAGACGUUCUGUGAGCAUAACAAAGAUCUUCAGGAUGGAGAGACUUUGACUUGGAUAGCAAAUGCCAAUAUGAUCCUGAAAGUGUACAGUGACCUAACACCAUGUGAAAGCAAUGUGUAUGGGAAGGUUUCCAUGUGUCAUCCACCCUUUAAUAACCAUCCUACCUCUUACUCUCAGUAUAAAUCUCAUGAGCAUGAGGAGUAUGGAAACAAGCUGCAGAACUCUAAUUCUCUCACAAGCUGUCAAAGACAUAUGAGAACUCACACUGUGAAUGGACCUCUGGAACAUAAGACAUGUUUCAAUCUUUUUGAUCUCCAAAGUUUGUUGGUAAUAGAUCAGGAAACACACAGUGCAAAAACAGUACACCAAUUCGAAGAAUAUAGAAAGGCCUCUGCUUGUGAGAGUUCACUUCACACAUCUCGAGGAACUCAAACUGUCAGAAAGCAUUAUCAGUGUAAUAUAUGUGGGAAAAAGCUGCGUUCUUCCAUUUCUCUUCAAGGACAUCAAAGAAUUCAUAGUGGUGAAAAACCCUAUGUAUGUAAACAAUGUGGUAAGGCCUUUACAUUUUCUACAAGCUUACAGUUUCAUGAAAGAAUGCAUACUGGAGAAAAACCGUAUGAAUGUAAACAAUGUGGUAAAGCCUUUAGAUGUAACAGUCAUCUUAAAAGUCAUGAAAAAAUACGUACUAGAGAAAAACCCUAUUCAUGUAAACAAUGUGUUAAAACAUUUAGAAAUCACAGUCGUCGUCUUCAAAGCCAUGAAAAAAUGCAUACUGAAGAGAAAACCUAUACAUGUAAAGAAUGUGGUAAAGCCUUUACACAACACAAGUACCUUCGGGUACACGAAAAAAUUCAUAAUGGAGAAAAACCAUAUGAAUGUAAAGAAUGUGAUAAAGCCUUUAAAUAUAAAAGUUCUCUUCAGUUACAUGAAAAACUUCAUUCUGGAGAAAAACCAUAUGCAUGUAAACAAUGUGGUAAAGCCUUUAGAUGUAGUAAGCAUCUUCGAAGACAUGAAAAAACACACACUGGAGAGAAACCCUAUGCAUGUAAACAAUGUGGUAAAGCCUUUACACAACACAAGUACCUUCGGGUACACGAAAAAAUUCAUAAUGGAGAAAAACCAUCUGAAUGUAAAGAAUGUGAUAAAGCCUUUAAAUCUAAAAGUUCUCUUCAGUUACAUGAAAAACUUCAUACUGGAGAAAAACCAUAUGCAUGUAAACUAUGUGGUAAAGCCUUUACACAACACAAGUACCUUCGGGUACACGAAAAAAUUCAUAAUGGAGAAAAACCAUCUGAAUGUAAAGAAUGUGAUAAAGCCUUUAAAUAUAAAAGUUCUCUUCGGUUACAUGAAAGAAGACAUAGUGGAGAAAAACUAUAUGCAUGUAAACAAUGUGGUAAAGCAUUUAUAUGUAAUAAGUAUCUUCAACGUCAUGAAAAAACACAUACUGGAGAGAAACCUUAUGAAUGUAAACAAUGUGGUAAAGCCUUUACCUGUCGCAGAUAUCUUCAGUUACAUGAAAGAAGACAUACUGGAGAAAAACCUUAUGAAUGUAAACAAUGCGGUAAAGCCUUUAGCUGUCGCAGAAAUCUUCAGUUACAUGAAAGAAGACAUACUGGAGAAAAACCUUAUGAAUGUAAACAAUGUGGUAAAGCUUUUAGACGUCACAGUUAUCUUCAGUUACAUGAAAAAAUUCAUACUGGAGAAAAACCCUAUGAAUGUAAGCAAUGUGGUAAAGCGUUUAGAUGGCACAGUUACCUUCACUUCCAUGAAAGAAUUCAUACUGGAGAAAAGCCAUAUGAGUGUAAGCAAUGUGGUAAACCUUUUAGAUGUCACAGGUACCUUCAGUUGCAUGAAAAACUUCAUACUGGAGAAAAACCAUAUGAAUGUAAGCAAUGUGGUAAAGCAUUUAGAUGGCACAGUUACCUUCAACUGCAUGAAAAAAUUCAUACUGGAGAAAAACCGUAUGAAUGUAAGCAAUGUGGUAAAGCCUUUAGACAGUCCAGUCACAUUCAUGUACAUGGAAAAGUUCAUACUGGAGAACAACCAUAUGAAUAAAUGAUGUGGAAAAGCCUUUAGAUAUCACAGCUGUCUUCAGUUACAUGAAAAAAUUCAUACUGGAGAAAAGACCUAUGAAUGUAAACAAUGUGGUAAAGAUGUCAGAUAUUACAGUAAGGUUCAAAGACAUGAGAAGUUCAUAACAAAGCCCUGUGAAUAGAACAGUGUGGAAAAGCCUUUAGACAUCACAGUCUUCUUUACAUGAAAGAAUUCAUAUUUUAGCAAACUUACGAAUGCAAACAGGGUGGUAAGACCCUUAGAUGUCAUAGUUACCUUCCUUUAUCUGUAAAUUCAUGUUAGACCAAAACCCAAUGAGUGAAAGCAAUAUGAUUCCUAAAUAUGGUACAUUUAUCUUAAAUUACAUGAAAAAAUUCAUACUGAAAACCUUUACAUUUCAUAGUUCCUCAUAAUUACAAGAGGAAAUUAAUUGUGGCAAAGAACCCUGUGAAUGUGAACAAUGCCUAUAGCUCUCAACUUCUUAAAUUGCAUGGCAGAGUAGUUUCACACCACAGUGUUCUUUCAAUGUCAAAUAACCCAUUGGAGAAAAUUCCUAAAAAUGCACAAUCCAAGUGUUGUUAAUGUUUUGUAUGUGUUCAGUUAUGGAUAAGAACUCACUCUCAAACCUCUAAGAACAUAAAGAACAGGGGCAAGGAUCAAGCUGUCACAGUUUCCAAGAGCAGCAGUGUUGAGUGAGCUUUUUCAUAAGGAUACCUGAGCAAAUGUCUACUCAUCUGAGAUCAGAAACUAAUGACAAAAAAGUAAUUCUGCCAAAGUCCAAUUAAGUGAACUGAAGAUUGUACUGGGGUUACUUCCAGGAGCAUGGGCAAGCACAGACAGCUGGAUCACCAAAAAGCCCAUCCAGCCUGAGUGAUUUGUGCACAACUGGUGGAGCUUGGUUAGUUGGGGAAUUUCUUUUCAUGUUUACUACUCCUAUAACGUUGUGGAGUGGCUUUGGGAGUCUUGUAAAUUUGAACAUUCCAGAACAUGUGUUUGCUUCUUGAGUUUCCUGCCUCCCUUGGAAAGGGACUAUGUUAAUUCAGAGAAAAUUGCUCCACAACAGUCCCCCCCUUCCUCUGGCUCUUACUUUUAAAAAAAUAUUUUUAGAUCAUUAGGGUUGGAUGGGUGUAGAUAUAAAUGUGCAUCAAUGGCUAACAUUGAGCCACUACAACAGACUGCUACUCACUUUCUCUCAGGGUCUUCAUCAUUGGUAGUGAAUCUUUGUGGUGUACCAUCCAUUGUGAAAAGAAAUUUCCUUCCAUGAAGAAUUGCAGCUGACAGUAGCAGUGAUUUGUUAGGCACAAACUGAAAUGUUAAGGCAACUUGAGAGGCACAUUACAUCCACCUAACAAAACAAUAGCAAUUGCUUCCCUACUGAUGCCUGUGACCACUCUGGCCACAAAUUUUGUUCCUAGCUUACAAUAUCAGGCACAAAUUUUUUCAUGUGGAGUGGACUGCAAUUCCUAUCUGAAAGCUGCUUGUUGUACUCAAAGAGUAGUUGUGCCACUGUUGCACCAGAGGCAUAUUCUGCCUGUCCUGUUGGUACUGGAGCACACAGUGUUUAUAGCUGAGAAGCAUCAUUGGUGACAAUUCUCCCUCACCAAUCUACAUUGCACCUGGCAUCAUGCAAGCCAGCUAGUAUGGAGGAACCUUCCACUUUAUUCCAGCAUUAUUUCUACAUGUCCUGCAACCUGAGCAUGUGAUGUCUUGAGCAGUAGGGUCUUACCAUCUAGUUUCACAUGUAACCAACAGUAGUGGCAAUAGCCUUCAUGGUUUCUGGAACUUAUAUACACCUCCCUCUGCCUUCUAUGUACUGGUGCCAAAGGCCUAUGCCAACACACCUUGCUACUAAUAACCCAUUAAAAAAAAAUCUUGCCCCAGUAGGUUUGUGAGGUAAGAGGACAUACAUUCCUCACUUACCUUGAGAUGCUUGGAAGAGGCCUGUGGCAGUGUCCAGACUUGUGAGGGUAUAUUUGUAUCUAUCACUAAUAGUCAUGGGUACUAUAUGGUGUUUUUGCCAGUACAUAAGGGAUUUAUUGGCUUACUUAUGUGUGCUGUCAUAAUAUCUAGAUGUAGUUUUGAUUGUGACAGGAAAAAAUGUGAUUGACACCUAAAUAAAGAUGUCUGAGGAAAAAA